CCACCCUAUCUGUUCACGGAAUAUGUCGGUGGUGCCCCUGUCGUGGUGCUGUGGCUCUCUGGUGGGGCGAUCUUCUUUACCAUCUUCUUUGCGUUCGUGAACUUCUGGGGCUUCGGUCACGCAGUCAGUAUUGUCCGCGGUACGUACGACAAUCCGGACGAGCCUGGCGAAGUGACCCACUUUCAGGCAUUGGCUUCCGCGCUGUCUGCGACAGUCGGCUUGGGGAACAUUGCCGGGGUGACAAUCGCCAUGUCGGCAGGCGGUCCGGGGGCGUUCUUCUGGAUGAUCCUGUGCGGUUUUUUCGGUAUGACAAGUAAGUUUGUCGAGUGUACGCUCGGACAGAUGUACCGAGAAGUGAAGCCUGACGGCACGAUCCUUGGUGGGCCGAUGCAGUACCUCACGUAUGCGUUCAGCCAAUUCGGUUUGAAGCCGAUCGGCCAAUGCCUGGCGAUUGUUUUUGCAAUUAUGUGCAUCAUGGCGAGCUUCGGGGGCGGGAACAUGUUCCAAGCGAAUCAAGCCGCCUCGAUGGUGCUGUCGGUCGUACAGAACGACGAACUCGAUCAGCUUAGCCAAGUCAAACGAGAGCUAAGCGUCGCGGCAAGUGCCGGUGAACUCGAGAAAGUUCGUGAGCUCGAAAAACAAGCCACGGAACUUCAGGCCAAAGUCGACUCGUUUAAGAGCACGUUCAACCCGAUUUUCGGUAUCGUGCUGGCCUUCUUUGUUGGGUUGGUGAUCAUCGGUGGAAUUAAGCGGAUCGGAGCUACGGCCAGUAAAGUGCCAGACAUGAUCUAUCAGAUCUUUGUGGAGGCCUUCAAUCCUGAAGCAGUGCGAGGUGGGAUCUUGGGCGUGAUCGUGAUCGGCGUUCAACGAGCCGCGUUCAGCAACGAAGCCGGCGUCGGUAGUGCCGCCAUUGCCCACAGUGCCGCGAAGACGGACGAGCCGGUCCGCGAAGGUUUUGUAGCUCUGCUCGGUCCCUUCAUCGAUACGAUCGUGGUUUGCUCGAUGACGGCCUUGGUCAUUUUGAUCACGGGCGCCUGGGACAACCGAACUUGGAUUUUGGACCAAGGUCUGGAAGGGGUGCAACUGACAGCCGAAGCCUUCGAGGCGGAGAUCUCCUGGUUCCCCUACCUGCUGAUGGUGGCGGUGGUGCUGUUUGCUUUCUCGACGAUCGUUUCGUGGAGCUACUACGGCGAACGCUGCUGGGAACGUCUGUUCGGAGCACGCAGUAUUUACGUCUAUAAAGUGAUCUUUGUGUUCGCGGUUUUCAUCGGAUCGAUCUUCCAAUUAGGGAGCGUUCUCGAUUUUUCCGACUUCAUGAUUCUCUCGAUGGCGUUCCCUAACAUCUUGGGAACAGUGCUCUUAGCACCGAAGGUUAAGAAGGCCUUGGGCGAAUACUGGAAAAAAUAUAAGGCCGGCGAAUUCAAGAAAUUCAAAUAG